AUAUUAGUAGAGUACUCUUCUCAAAGAAGGUAUACCAGUUAGAGGACAACAAUCUUCUGAAUUUAUGGCUUUAUAAUAUAUAUUUUUGGCGAUAUUUGUAUAAAAAACAUUGUAAAGGCUGACAUUUUUGUCAUGCAAAUUUUAUGGUAGUCAUACUAAAGUAGGAUUUCAGCAGAAUGAAAGCCAGGUUUCUACAUGUGAUGAAGAGAACAGGGACUGUGUUUGCUAAAUGUAUACAGUAUGGUUGUCUGUACCAUUGUAUAACCACAUAUGGAGUCUCAUGUGUCACAUGUGACGGGAAGUCAAUGGAGCCCACUAUUUACCAUGGUGACGCAUAUAUUGUGGAAUGUGUAAGUGUUCAUAGACAGACACUAAAAAGGGGAGACGUAAUUGGUGUUAAAUCAUUAGAUGAUCCAAAUAAGUUCAUAUGUAAAAGAAUAGUUGCUAUGGCAGGGGAUAAAGUAUACAAUGAAGUAUCCAAUGAACGUAUUUGGGUACCUAAAGGUCAUGUUUGGUUAGAAGGAGAUAACAAAAUCUGCUCACAUGAUUCCAGACAUUAUGGCCCUGUACCAUAUGGAUUGAUAUUUUGUAAAUUAAUAUUUAGGAUCUGGACAGGUCACCAGCACAAAGUUCAUAUGUCCAAGGACAGAUGACCGUAACUCAGGAAUUAGGCCUCUUCAUUUAUACAGUAUUCAUCAUGAGUUAAUUACCUGCAGAGUAAGAGUGACCCAGUUAUUGGACAUGUACAAUAGGUACAAACAUUAGGAAAACUAGGAAAAUCUAUAUUUAGAAAGUUAGAAGAUUUGGAAUGUGCAUCAUGUCAUACAUAUCAGAUAGACAAGUUAUGUAUAAAGGCAACAAAAUUCAUGCAGAUCCUGUGGUCAUGAUGUAAAGCUUGUAUCAACCCUUUUCCCCUUACAGCAAUGGUGUUUAAUGUUCUGCUAAGGACAGCCUUUGAAAUUAUAACCAGCCAAAGGAAAUUAGCAUCAGUCUGGGGAAUUAGCACAGGCCUUAGGCCACUAAAUUCCAUAGGAUGGUAGUCUGUUUGGUCUGUAGUUAUUUUUGGCCUUAAAAUUCACUUAACAAAAAAAUUCAUCAAAAUCACGAUCUAGAAUAUAAUUAUGGUCCUGUUAAAGAACACCAAAUUCUGUAAGUUAAAAAAUUUUACCAUCCCGAAUGACAAGUGCUUUUUAAGCUUUUUGGUGAAGAUUGUAUUGACAUUGAAUUUCUUUUUACGAUGGGAAAUUAGACAGUGUAAUAAGAGACAAUAUGGGGACGUUAUUCAGCUAGUUUACAGUGUUGGUAGGACUCAGCUGAAAUGCUUGUGCCUGAAAUGAUAUAGGGGCACUUCCAGAUAUUUAUCUGGUAGUAUGUCCCAUAGUUAAUUAGGAAAGUUACCCAUGGCAAAACUCUUUUCAUACAUAUAUAUAUUUGCAGGAUCAUUAGUUUAUUGUUGACGAUAAGAAAAUAUGUAAAAUAUGUUCAUUUGAAUACUAUUUGUGCUUUCUGGGCAUUAUCGAGCUUAGAAUUAAGAUUAUGAGCUUAGAAAUUUGAUAAUAUAUUGAGCUGACUUUAUAAAAUAUAAUGUUUUAUGCUUUUCACAUAGCAGUUAUGAACUCCCCUGGUCGCCAUUUUUAUGGUUAUUCACAGUAAAAUAUAUACUUAUCUUAAGAUAAGUUUAAAAUAUUUCAUACUUGUAUAUCAUAUGCAUAAGAUAAAGCUCCUUCAUAAUUUUAUCAUCUUCACGAAAAUUGAUAAAAAAUCUUGUGCAUAUUGGUGCUAUAAUAAUGUUUUCCUCAAUAUGUAUUCAAGAAUUUUACAAUUCACAAAUGUUAGUAGUUUUAUAUUGAUGUUUUCAUAUUUUGUCAAUCAUAUUAUAUAUGGCUGCCACUUUUGGUAAGGGAGGUAAAUAUUGUAAAAAUCGGAAACUAUAUCUUAUUAAGUCUUUGUUAGAAUAAAAAUUGCUUAAAUAUUAUAUAUCCUGUAUUUUUGAGCUUGGAAAUAAUAUUAUGAGCUGAGAUUUAUUUUGAGCUCAUAUGUAACUCAAUAUUUAAGCUCAGAUAUGAUAUUUUUGAGGUGCAAUAUGAGUAUUAAGCUGUUAUGUUUUUAACUCUUAACAUAAUUGUAAGCUCAUAAAUGAUAUGAUAGCUCAGGUGUGAUAUAUUGAGCUACAGAGAGGAUAUUUGCUUAGUUCAGUGUAAGAUCGAAAUAUAAUUCACAGAGUGAGCACCAGAAGGUAUAUUUAACGAGUGGCGUAGCCACAUGUGAAAUAUGAACUUUUGGUGUUCACGAGGUGAAAUAUAUUUUGAUCUUACAUUAAACUAAACUAAUUUAUUUUUUAUUAUAUGCAAAGAAAUGUUUAAAAAGACUUUUAAACCUAGUACUAAAUGAAAAGGGCGCCAAAUAAUAAUACAACGUGAUGUCAUUUACGACGUCACGUCAUAAAGUUGGUUUCCAGUUCUGUGAAUGCUUGUAUUUCACUGAAACAAUGUAAUGAGCUCAAAUAUUCAAAACAGUGAAAUUAUCAAAUUGAUAAUUUCAUUGUUUAAAACAGUGAAAUUAUCACUUUUUAUUUCACUGAUACAUUUCUAUAAACCACCGAAAAGCAUGUGAUAAGUAAUAACAUGACCUCAGAAAUAAUUUAUUUAGUACAGAAAUGUUAUGUUAAGCAUGCAAGUUUAAGCUAGCUAUGCUGAUAUUAGAUCGUGGUUGAAAUAGAACAAGAUAAAUUGAUCUCUUAAAGAUCUUGUAUGUUUUAAUUGAGGUUGUUACCACACUUCAGUGAAAUUUUAUAUAUGUAUAUAUUUAUGCUUAUAAAACAAUUUUAAAACAUCGAAGAAUAUGUAAAAUAUGUACUGGAAAUAUUUGUGCACAUUAUAUGUAAUUAUUAAAAUAUAUGCAUUCAUUUCUUAUUGAAAAAUUUGGCUUGGACUUUUUAGAAAAUAAAUUCCUUAUUACCUCCCUUUAUUUACAUGAAAUGUUAAAUUCGGUAAUAUCUUUACAAAAAAUGCUGAUUGGAACUUACAAUAUUGAUAAAUUUUAAUUUAGCAUCAUAUUUAUGACAUAAAAUAAUAAAAAAAUGUGUUACAGGAUCUUUAAGAAUCGUUUUUUUAUCACAUUUUCACAUGUGUUUUUUUUCCAAGGUAAUAUAACCUGAUAUAGUCAUUACUUAUUUCUUUUUACAUGUAUGACACAUGUGUAAUACAGCAUCAACAUACAAAACAUUUUGUGAAAAGUUAAAAAUGCAAGUUUAUUUUCAUAAAUUGCAAUGCAUUUGGUAAUAUGACCUAAAGAAACCCAUAUUAGUUGUUAUAUGAUAUAAAAUUUUAUCAAACUUAUCCAAAAAAGUGUUAUAAAGCUUACCAGAGGCUUACUUUGUAGCAAUUUCUUGAACUCAUUAAUAAGAUUUUGUAUUACAUGACAACUCAUGUGAUAACUUAAAUAAUCAUUAAUUUUUAAAGAUUAUAUAUAUUUUUAGACAAAGUUAAAAUGUUUUUUUUACUCUUGGAAGACAGAAAUCCUUAUGUAACCAUCAAGAGUUCAUUAGGGAAACUUUUGCUUUCAAUAUAAUAUUUCAUACUCCAUUUUUUCUCCUGCAGUCGUUUUUAAUCCAAGCUAAUAUUUUGAAAGAUACGAGUACAUAUUAAAAAGUAUUGAAUUAAUAAGUAAUUCAUAUAUUUUUUUGCCAUUCAAUUUAGAAAAGUAAUAUUAAAGAAGAAUUGUUUAAGAGAAAAUAGGGUGUUUCUAGGGAGUUUAUAUGAAAUGAACAAUUUUGUUCCUAGUGCCUUAUAUGAUAAAGUUCAACAAAGUGAUAUGUUAAUUAGGUCAAAAGAUAUGCUGAUUAGGUCAAAAGAUAUGCUGAUUAGGUCAAAAUAUUUGUUAAUUUGGUCAAAAGAUAUGCUGAUUAGGUCAAAAUAUAUGCUGAUUAGGUCAAAAUGUUUUUGAUAAAUAUAUAAUAUUAGUUUUUCCAUAAAGGUCAUGUUUAUGUCAGAAAAACCCUCUUCUUUUCUAACUUAUCUUUUACCCAUACAGGUUUAUAAUAUUAACACUUAA